AGGAACAGCAGUGCACUUGUACAUUUUAAUCCCGGUAAUAACACAGUCAGGCUUGACACGACGUAUGAGACUCCAGUUGAUGACAGAAAUCAGAGUUUUUGGUCUCACAGUGGACCGUACGCGAUGAAUCCCCUCGAGAACCCUUGUGUGGUGGAGAAACGUAUGAAGGUAGACAAAACAUUCGUAAAAUCUAAACGUUUCAUUAAAUUAGGCAGUGAAUGGUGGACGGACUUCAGAAAUACUGAAAAUUAUCUACCGCGAUAUAUGUCCUCUGUUUUCUUUCAAUAAAUCAUAAAAAGUUACAGUAGAUUAAUCAGAAAGUUAGGUUGUGAUAAAUCUAUUAAUAAUCGACAAUGUAAUGAUCUCUAUGUGUUCAGGUGUGUCUCGAUCCAGCCUUCGCCAACCCAGCCUACAGUAACAAGGACUGCAUGACAGGCGAGACUAGUACAAGUUCCCAAAGGACCAUGAAUCACUACGAGACGAUAUGCCCGGUUGGGGUCUACGAACGCAUCGACGACGGACUGCGUGGGAGAGUACAGGAUGCAGGAGCACGACUCAAAAGAAACGGACACGAAACAAGAGAAUAA